AUGUUGGACCCUCUCACGGCUCUCAGUACGGCAUCUGCGGUAGUUCAGCUUGUUGACUUUGGCAUGAGGAUUCUGGACGACAGUCAACAGCUGUACACCGAAGGCAACUUGGUAACGCUCAAGGAGCUGAAGACGAUCACGCAGGAUCUCGUCCAUGUCAACCAUCUGUUGAUCCAUCGAGCGCAGCCAAAGGAUACUUCAGAGGACCCCGUAUCCGAUGUAGAGAAGUCCCUGGACAAGCUAGCCGCCGAAUGCAGUGAUGUAGCGGCUGAGCUGAUCGCCUGCCUUGAAUCCUUAGACACGACGGCAGGAAUCGGGCGCUGGAAGAGCUUCUGCCAGGCAGUCCGAAGUCGAUGGAAUCUCCCUAAGAUUAGAGAAAUGGAGACGCGAAUAAAAUCCUUUCGAGAACAGCUCACUAUUCGCGUUCUGGCUGUGCUCAACCACAGAACAAUCCUCCAGGCGGCGCGUCAAGAGCAACGAUUCGAUCGACUGGACCAGUCGCACGCCGACGUGAUCGACAUCGUGGCCAUUAACCGGCAGCUGCUGCAGUCGAGUCUACACACCGAUGUGUCCGCUCUCUCUCAGGCUAUUUCGCAGAGCGAGGCCAAUGCACAGACUCGCCAUAACGAGAUCAGCGCAGCCAUCCUCAAGCUCCGGGAUGGGAGCUCGAUGGUCAUCACGGGGGAACAAGACAAUGAGAGAUCUGACUUCAUUGCACGCGAAACGAUAAUGACGCUAAAAAAGCCGGUCUUGAACCACGUGGAUUUUCAUGUGCAGGAUUUUGGAGUAGUUCAGUCAAAGGUCCUCGACUGUCUCCAUUUUCGGGAGAUCGAUCACCGCUACAAUACUGUGCUCGAUGCCCAUCGGAAUACGUAUGAAUGGAUCUACCAAAACCCGGAGACCAACGACAAACCAUGGAGUAACUUUGUCCAAUUCCUUGAACAAGGCCACGGCUGCUACUGGGUGAAUGGUAAGGCAGGAUCAGGCAAGUCAACACUCAUGAAGUUCAUUCACAGCCAUCCGCAGACGGCACGAUCUCUCUCAGUCUGGGCCGAGAAUCAAGAGUUAGUCGUGGCAUCCUUUUUCCUCAGCAACCUGGGCAAUUCGCUGCAGAAAUCACCCAAUGGGCUCAUACGUUCUCUGCUGUUCGAAGCACUUGCAAAACACCGCCAUCUGAUCCCGCUAGUGGUGCCUGACCUGUGCCGGGCGGCCGCGAACCUAGACCACAAAGAUAAGCUCUCGGAGCCAACAUUUAAUGAGCUUGCUCAAGCUUUCCAGAACCUCAUCCGCGACUGCAGCGCGAAUCUACGGCUCUGUUUCUUUAUCGACGGCGUGGACGAAUGCGAAGGGGAUUAUUGGGAGAUCUUGGAACUACUAGCCUCUGCGUCCAAAUCCAAACAAGUCAAGAUAAUUGUGUCGAGUCGUCCCAUAACGCCCUGUGUUGCGGCCUUCUCUGGCUUCCCAAACCUGCGGUUGCAGGAUAUCACCCAUGACGAUAUGAUGUUGUAUGUCAAUGAUAAACUAAAGGUGCAGCUGGAACGACGUGUUGGAGCGCAUGCGCAUGCACUUAUUCUGGAAAUUGUUGAGAGGGCAUCCGGCGUGUUUCUGUGGAUCAUAGUCGUGGUGAAGUCCCUACUUCUCGGGGUUCAUAGUAUGGACCGCAUCGAUGAUUUGCAGCGACGGGUCGACGAGCUACCGGCUGAUCUCAUGGAACUUUACUCGCACAUGCUGCGUAAUAUCACACCCCUCUACAAACAACAAGCCUUGCAGAUAUUUCAACUAGUUCUGAACAGCGUCGGUGUGGAGAGUGGCGAGGAAAUCACAACCCUCCAGCUGUCCUUCGCGGAUCAAAGUCCCCUCGAAGCAAAGAAAGCUCCGAUCCGGGAGAUCUCUUCUGCGGAAGAGUCUAGACGGGUAGAGGAAAUGGAUGGUCGGAUUCGAAGUCGGUGCUGCGGACUCCUGGAGAUCAGGGACCGGAGAUACUCCGGAGGUAUACUAACGACUAUCCAUCGACCUACUGUCGCGUUUCUGCACCGGACCGUCUAUGAGUUUCUGACCGAACAGAUGAACUCAAAAGAUUGGCUGGAUUUGACGGCAGGAAAUCCCGACUUUGAUGCCCAGUUAUCCUUAGCAUCAUCAUGUGUUUUACUCGCCAAAUCUUUGCCUCAACAGCGGGCGAUAGACCGCGAUUCUCUGCCAUGGCAGAGUAUACGAUGCUGCUUGCACCACUGUUCUAUGGUUGAACAGCAACAUGCCAUCACCACGGAGCUUUUAUACGAGCUGAACCGCACCGUGUCUCACCAAUUUGCCAAAGUAUGGAGUCCAGGACACGAGACAAGCGAACAAAAAUUCUGGGCCGUUGCGCCUCCCUUCAGGGGAGCAUUACCCUCUAAACACAGCCCCGAUUGCUUCUUAUCGCUCUCAGUGACAUGGGGUCUAUCCUUUUUUCUGCAAGAUGAGCUCGAUCGUAACGAGCACGACAUCAAACAACUUGAAAAACUUCUUCACAUCGCCGUCUCCAGUUUCAUUCUCACAUGGUCCGAUAUCUUAACCCACUCCACCUCCUUCUUACUCUCGCAGCCCGUGCGAAUAAUAGGAUACGCAAGAAUCAUUUCAACUCUCCUAUCAAGCGGCGUAAGCCCAAACAACCACACAAAAGAUCCAAAAAGCAGAAGUCCAUGGGAAGAUCUCCUACAUCACUUGCACGAUCUACUAGUAUCCGACCGCACCGCAUUCCUCCGGAAUUUCAACCAAGACGGAGGGUAUUCACAGACCCUGCUCGAUCUGAUAGUGGUCAUGGUAGUAUCAGCAGCCGAUCCCAACGCUGCGUUCAUUUGGAAAACAAAACAUUACCGCGAUGUUGAGCAUCCGACUGAAUUCCGAUUGUCGGCAUUGCGCGUCAUUGAGCUUCUACCAUUUGACGAGAUGGAUGAUAUCUCCCAUGACCGGUCCUGGCAUGUAGUCCCUGAAGACCAGCGACCGAUUGUGCAGUACCGAACACGACUGAUUGCCAUGCUCAAGGAGCGAGGUGCUCAGUCUAAGGAAUGGACAUGUGCUGCUGGGUCAGAAGUGGCUGGGAAUAAAUCAGCCAGCGAUUUGAAAAUCGGAGUCGUUGGCGCGAAGAGUAAACGAACGAGUCGUUCGUCGUGGAAACGAAUAUCGCGAGUAUUUCGAAGCUCGAAGGUGGGAUAG